UCCAAAUAACCACAUCCAAAGCUUUUCAUCUCCCAACCCCCUCCCCAUUACAUAAAAUAACUUUCUAAUUAUUCAAAGGCAAUCUGAUAUUUCUUAAUCUGAUAUCUGUUUUGUAGAUAAUCAAUCCAUUUUUUCCAUUCAAUUAAAUAUCUUUCCUGCGUAUUGUCUUUUAAAAAAGCUGAGAUUUUAGCCAUCUCAGCCAAAUUAAUGACUUUCAGUAUCCAUUCUUCUAUUGUAGGUACCUCUUCUUUCUUCCAGUAUUGUCCAAUCAACAGUCUUGCUGCUGUUAUUAAAUUCAAAAUCAAUUUAGUCUCAAUCCCUGUACAAUCCGUUAUAAUUCCCAAAAGGAAAAAUUGUGAAGACCACCCUCUUUUUAAUACCAAGAUUAGUAGUAGAACAACAAUCAAUAAGCCAACAACACACCAAUCAAGGAAUUACCAGCUCAGACAAACAAGCUAACGGUAAACAACAGCUUACUCAAGGAACCCCCAAAACCAUUCCCACCCACACUUGUUUAUAAAAUGAGAGCAAAUCCCUCUUUUCUAGCACUGAUGAUGUUACCUUGUUGGGUUAUAAAACAUCUGCAAGAAAACAAUCAAACUCAGAAACAACCAAGGACCCCACAGUCCUCCUCCUCCUCUCCUCUUCCUCCUUUUCUCCUUCUCCUUCACUCUGCAAGCCUCCUCCCUUCUAGCAUUGAUGGUGUUCCCUAGUUGGGUCAUGAAAUGUCUGCAAGAAAACAUCUAAGCUCAGAGAGGUGCAAGAUGCCACCAAAGGCCUCUACCAGCUGCCACGGGGGUGGGGGUGGAGACGGAGGCCUGGAGCAGAGAGAGAUGCGGGAGAAGCCACAUUUUUGCUCCAGUUGAGGAUGAACCAGGAGGGAGGGUUUGGCCAUGGCAAAUGGAACAGGAGCCAGGUGGGGUUCCAGGAGCCCAACUUCACCAGAGAUCAGCUGCUUUCCUGUCAACCUCUGCUCUGGCAGGCACCGACUCACUCUCUAGCACCCAGCCCCACCCGUCCCCAUUGCGAAAGGGUCCUGACAGACUUGGGCUGGUUCUCCUCCUUCCGUCACCCAGGAGGGCAGGGCCACGGAUGGAACUGCUCUGGCCAGAUGCAUGGAUGGCCUCACAUGACAGCAGCAGGCAGCUCCCUGGACUAGCCAUAAAAGACUGCCCAAGGUCUGGGCUGCCCCCAGAGGCUCCUCAGUCGGAUACCCACCCAGUCUGCCAGCUGCUUCUCCAAGAACUUGAGCACCAUGAAUAUUGGGGGACUUUCUCCUCCGGAACCAGCCACUGCUGAAAUCCAAGGCAUUGCUAACCAGGUGAAAGACAAGCUGGAGGAUGCGACGAACAAGAGGUUUGCCACCUACGAGGCCAUUUUGUACUGUGCCCAGGUGGUCGCUGGCAAGAAUUACUUUAUCAAGAUGCGAUGCGGUGACAAAGAGAAGGAUUACGUCCACCUGAGGAUCUUCCAGGCCCUGCCAGUUCAAGGCGGACAGGUUGAACUCUCCAGCUUCCAGGUGGACAAGACCAAGGAUGACCCCAUCACCUACUUCUAGGCACAGCCGUCCGUCUCCGCUUGGAGGGAAGCCGUGGGAGAAGCGAGGCGUUCACUGAGCCAUGGAAGCUUCUGACCAGAAUAAACACAUUUGCCCAAAAAUGCUCAUGCACUUUUGGUACAAACUGAGCUGGCUGGAAUUGGAGUCCUCUGUUUAUGACAGUUCAUUAGCGACCAUUCAAAGUUACAACGGCACUGAAAAAAAGGGGCUUAGGAUCAUUUUUUCACACUUAUGACCGUUGCAAGAUCCCCAUGGUCACAUGAUCAAAAUUCAGACGCUUGGCAACCAACUCGUAUUUAUGACGGUUGCAGUGUUCUUGGGUCACAUGAUCCCCUUUCGCGACCCCCUAUCAAACAAAGUCAAUGGGGAAGCCAGAUUCACUUAACAACCAUGUUACUAGCAUAACAGCUGCAGUGAUUCACUUAACGACGGUGGCAGGAAAAGUCUUAAAAUGGGGGAAAAUUUGCUUAACAACCAUCUCAACAAUAGAAGUAUUGGGCUCAAUUGUGGUUAUAAGUCGAAGACUACCUGUAGUUAGAAACUCUUCUGCUGAUUCAGCACAGAUUCUCCAAGCCCUGAAAAACCGGGAGGGGGGAGGCGGGGGGGGGGGGGCUGGGUAUGGGCAGGUCAGCAACCCAGAGACCCUCCCCAUGGCCUUUCCCUAAAGCAGACGCUCCAGAGACCCAAGAGGGGCAGCAGCCUCUCAGGUGGGUGCAGGGCCUCUUCUCUGCAGGAGGAAGGAAGGUUGUCUCAGGGCCGAGACAAGCUACCCCAAAGACUUCAGUCUGCUACAUCCAGAUUUAAAAAGCUGUCUUUAGGCUUGUGGGACGUCUAACCCUGCUCUAUUGGGACAAGGCAGACAAAAUGAAUGUUAGAUACUGGGAAAGGGGGAAAUUGUGGCUUACAAGUUACUUUCAGGAACCAUGAAUGCAUGCAUAAAAGCAACCAGCUGCUGAUUAAGAACUAAAACUUGCCAAGAGGAAUGGGAGGGAGGCUGGGGUGGGGGCUGCAGUCAGCGAUAGCUUUGUUCCACAUGGGAGAGAUUCAACAGAGGGGAUCCACCUCUUUAGAGUUGCUCUACUGACCCACAAAUGACCCUCUGAUCAUGGGGGGGUUCUCCCCGGAGCCGAGAGGGGACCCAUGGCCACAACCACACCCAGGAACCCUAGCAAAUGCCCAGAAGCACGGGGGUUGGGGGGCGGUACUACCUGAAGUCCUGCCGCGAUCAGGCCGCCUUGCUCCCCUUUGGAGACCCUCCGGCCUGAGCGGCCGCGUCUCUUUCGGCGGCCAGCGAUCCGGAGCGCCGCAGGGACCCAAGUCCGGCCGCAGCCUGAGCUGAGCCGGGAAC